CCCAGCAUCCGAGAGUGGAGUGGAAACAGGAAGAGGGGGAGAGGGGAAGAAAGGAGACAGAGAGGAUCGGGUGAGACAAGGUGGCGAAGAGUGAAAGAGAGGAAAAGGGGAGCAGAGAGGAGUGUGGAACAAAGAGAACAAAGACCAAAAAAAGAGCUUGCGGAGGAUGAGCGUGUCUAUUUAAAGGGAUCCGAGACUGCACGGGUCUGCUGUCUUGCUAUUCUUGACCGGCAGCAUCAUCGAAUUUAGACCACAGUCUUUCUCCCCCUUUUCUUUCAGUGCUGAUUGCAAGGCUGUUUUUUGCUCUCAGGUGUGAAGUGGAGGGCCUCCCAAACACAGACCAAGACUGGCUGCAUGUAUCACCCAGCAGAGCUGUACUCUGGCCGAAACACAUGGGACUCCUAUCCAGCUGGAGGUCCUAACAGAGGACAAUGGGCUCCUGUAAACAGUCGCCCCUGGAGCCACACACAAAGAUGCCAAGAAGGGCGCAAUCAAUCACAUCAUUUACCAUCAAAUCGUCUUUAUAAUAGGGGGGAGAGAACCAUCAACCAUGUCCAGGACAAGGGUAUUUCUAAGGGGCACAGACAGCCUCUACGUCUUUGGGAUGGUAAAGAGCGACCGUUUGAGGCCCAGAACUGGCAUCGCAACUCCACACGCUCAUUCCACACCCGAGCUGGCACCAACAACGGUUAUCUAACAGGACCAGGAGAUCGCUACGCAAACUGGGACAACAAUGUUAGCAACUCUGUGCAUGGGGGUCCUCGCCUGCAUCACAACAACAGAGACCUCCAGUCUCCACCAGAAAGAUGGGCCCCUUCAGACUGUCGCAGGAGCUUUCCAGGCAGAAUGAUAAACAACACACCAGGACCCUGGAAACGGCCAACCCUCCACCAGCGGCGAGACCAACUGCACCAGCACAGUCCACCUCCACAGCACCCUUUACCCUCUAGGGAAGAGUGUCCGGCCAAGAGGAGAAGGGACUCUUGCCCUGAUCAGUCGUCUCAUCCUGGAUCAAGGCAUUUACCUUUACUUGCCCAUGCCCCAUCACCACCUCGCCACCACCGCUGCAACCAAGAUGACUGGAAGCCUCUUAAUGACCGAGGGGGUCCUUGUCACCACACUGACCACAGGACCUCAACAACACAGCAACAGGAAACCUCUAAACUGCGAGCUGGAGGGCAUGGCUUCAGUAACAGUAAUCUAGCAGCUCUAAACCAGAACUGUGGCAGCAGACCACCACAUCAUGGAAGCAGAGGGAAGGUCGACCGGAAAAUCUCGUCUUCACCAGCAGACCACACCCGUGUGCCUUACAGCCACCAAAACCAUCAUUACCACUAUCAACGGCACACAGGCCACCCCAGAGCCCUACAGCACAACCCAUCGCUACACCCUCUUGAGGAAAAGGACUCACGGAUUUAUCACCACAAACAAAGCACAGAACCUCAGCGCUCUCAUCAAAGGGUGAUUUCAAGGGAUGCAGCCCUCUCCAGGUCUUCUGGUGCAGACUCUCCACCCUAUUCAUCCCUCCUCUGCAGUCCUAAAGAUGGAGGUUCUACUGCCAGCAGUCCACACGCUCCUUCCAGUCCCUCUUUAUACACAGUGGCCAAUGGCAGAAAAGAUCCAUCAAUCAUUCAUCAGUGUAGUCCUGGCCUCAGUGGACAGCAGAAACUCCAGGGAAGUCCUAAUCACUCCCAGAGACCUUGCCUGACAACGACCAUGUCUCUUACAUCUCAUGCUGGUGUAAAAUCCAGGUUUUCAGAUGUCAAAUACAGAAAGACCUCACAGCCCCUCUGCUCACGACAGUCCCCCCACAGCAGAUCAAGGGCAAACAAGCCUGAGAAGGAGUUGGAAGAACACAAAAAAACUGAUAAGCUGAUGAAAAAGGAGAGAAAGGCUGAAGUUCCAAAGACUAGCAGAAAGGGUGAAGAAAGAAAAAGGCGGAAGAAAAAAGAGGAGAAAAGGUUGGGCGAGAGAAAAAAGAAGAGGGAUAAAGCAGCAAAAAAGGAAAGAAAGUUAGGUUUGAAAAGUAAAGCCACAGAAAAGGAAAUGUUUACUUCCAUCUGUAUUUCCAACUCCUCAGGAGAGGCCAAAAUGAGUAAAAUGGAGACCACAAUUCUGUCCCCAAAGAAUCAAGGCCAGUUACCACCCAAACACAAGCAUAGGGAGAGGAGUGAACGAGCGGGGAAGACACACCGGACGUCCACAAAUACUCCUCAUCCUAGCUGCACUUCAACACAGCCAUCCUCAAAAUCUCAAAAUCACAAAAUGCCCAAGAAGAACAGCAAUCCCCCAAAACUCCCUGGCAAGGAACAAUUAAUACAGUCUCUUCCCAGGAACACCAGCCCCAAACAGACCAGCAAGAGGCCUACCAUCGUCUCAUCCCAAUCAGAAGACCGACCAAAAGCAAAGCCCAAUGACACACUCCCCUCCUUGUUAUUUAAAGCCUUAGCACCUCUCACUACAUCAUGUUCUAUUAGCUUAGAGAAGCCCAUCCAUGGCAAAGAAGGUGGGCAGGGAGGGGUUCUCAAUGCCCCAGAUCUACAGCCUGUUGCCGUGAUGGGAAAUUUGCGGGAAAUGGGAGACAACCUUGCGAAUACUCCUCCUGUUCUCAGCUGGCAGGGCUCUCCAGUAUCAGCUCUGGGAGAAGAUGAGGAGGAGCUAGAGAAGGGAGUGAUAAGUAGACCUGUCCUCCAGCCCAGCCCCACACAGUGCUUUUCUCCUCCUCCUGUCGACAGCGAGAGCAUUGAUGAUAAGAAUAAGGAGCCUUGUGAAGGUAUACAGGCCGAUAAUUCCCACAAUGGCACGGCUGAACUCUGUGAUCUAUCUUGUUCAACAGAAGAAAUUGCUGAGAAAGAAAAGGAAGAAGAGGAGGUGGACAGAAGCGGGGAAACUUCUGGCUCUCUUUUCCGUGAGCUUCACCACCAUAAAACAGGCUUGGAUGAUGUCUUCAAGAGCCUGGCCACGUUUCUUGGUAGCCAGAGGGUCCCAUGCAGAGGAGGUCCGUUUGGGGGGCCUCCUCCUGGCACCACUAGAGGAGUAAAGUACUCGUCUUCUCUUGCAUUGGGACCAGAGAUCCAAUGUCACGAUCAUCAAGAUUUCUCCCCUGAAUCAGAUCCCACAGCAUCCUCCAAAACCGGCAAUCAAUCACCAACCCACACUACCUCAGACACACGUUUUAAAUCCCACAGUCCGCCAGAUCUGAGGGAGCCUGUUACGGAUGCCCCGGUGCAGGAAAAGCAGGAAGAGAUGGAGAAUGAUACAAAAGAGAAACAAGAGGGUAAGGAUACAGAGUCAUCUCUUUUGGACGGGUCACUGAGUGCAAAGCUGAGACUGACCACAACACAUACAACCCCAUUCACCAGCCUCAUUACUGUCUCUACCAAGGAAGAGAGGGGAAUCAAGGAAGAGACACAACAACACAUUGGGACGGACAGAAAAAGAAAACAAAAGGCUAAGGAUGGAGGGAGAGAAGGAGAGCUCAAGAUUAAGAUAAAGGCAGAAGAAGGCAGUGUCAUCUGUCCUAAAAACAAAGCAAAUGAAAAAAGUGGUUUGGGGGAAAGGGAUGUUUCAUCCUCAGUGCUUGUCAUCUCCAGAAACUCACCCAGACCUCUCAAAGAUAUUACAAAGGGACAGGUUCCUCAGGAAAAUCAAACCCAGCAUGGCAAAGACAUCCAGAGAGAAAAAGUGGACACUGGGAACUCUGAGAGAAAGACAAUAACAGAGGAGAAGGAAGACAUCUGUGAGUUAAAAAAUAAAACGCAAGAUAGAAUCACAAAUACCAAGAUCUCAAGCUCAGCGUCAGCCAUAACAAUCAAUACAUCCAAAUUAUGCGCAUCCACACCGGCAAGUAAACCUCCCAGCUCAUUAGCUCCAGUUGACCCACUGAAGCUGAAAGCAUUGUCCAUGGGCUUGUCUAAGGAGCUGAAGAUCCUCUUGAUUAAAAUGGAGAGUGCUGGAAGACAAACAUUCAACAUAUCCGAGGUUGAGGAGCAAAGAAUCCCACUUACCAAAAUCAGCAUCGAAAACACUGCCACUGAUGUGAUCAGAGCUUGCAAGGGGACAAGGGUGAAGGGGAAAUUCAAGGAGUCGUUCCUGCUUCCUGCCUUCUCUGUUAAACCUAGCAUUUCCAUCGAGACUCCCAUUCCGCGGGAAAAGCUUAACCCUCCUACACCAAGCAUUUAUUUGGAGAGCAAAAGGGACGCCUUCUCUCCAGUUCUGCUUCAGUUCUGCACUGAUCCCAAAAAUGCUGUUACUGUCAUCAGAGGCCUUGCUGGCUCUCUCCGCCUUAACCUUGGUCUGUUCUCAACUAAAUCCCUGGUGGAGGCCAACGCGGAGCAUGCAGUGGAAGUGAGGACUCAGGUUCAGCAGCCUGCUGAUGAGAACUGGGAUCCCAGUGGUUCGGCACAGACGUGGCCCUGCGAAAGCAGCCGCUCACACACCACCAUUGCCAAGUACGCCCAGUACCAGGCCUCCAGCUUCCAGGAGAGCCUGCAGGAGGAGAAGGAGAGUGAGAAUGAAGAGGAAGGAGAGCAGGUCAACUCUUCAGACCCAUCAGCCGGUCUGACACUAGCCAACAGCAAAGCUGCUCCCAUCUUGUCUGUUAAUCCCACCGGCACACCCAGCUCAGAGAAAACAGUGGGAAAGAUCAUUAAAUUUGGGACAAAUAUUGAUCUCUCUGACCCUAAGAG